AUGCCCGGAUGACGAAGACAUCUGUCCAGCUACACUAACCCGAAUGGCACUAGAUAUUGCUGAGGGAUUAGCAUACCUUCACAGCAGACAACUCAUCCACCGAGAUAUUGCCUGUCGAAACUGUCUUGUGGGUCCAGAUCAUGUAGUUAAAAUUGGCGAUUUCGGCCUGACUCGUGAAGCCUCGACAGGUUCACCCUAUGGGUACUAUCGUUUUACGCGCAAUGUCGAGUUGCCCAUUCGAUGGAUGCCUCCAGAGGCUGUACAAUUUGGCAUCUUCUCAGUGAAAUCCGACCUCUGGUCUUACGGCAUUGUGCUCUAUGAAAUUAUCACAUUUGGAAUGUUUCCCUAUGCGGAUUUAGGAGAUGUAGAAGUCGUGGAGAGAGUCAAAAGGUCGGAAUUCUCUAUCACGCAGAUCCUUCCACCUGCUGCCAACGGAACUGUUGUGUACGUCGCUUUGCACUUUUCCACUAAUAUAACAUGGCGACUGAUCGUGAGCUGCUGUCAAUACCUCUGGCAGCAUCGUCCCGAAUCCAUGCUCCAGGUGAUAGAGGAGAUUCGAGCUAAUGAAAAUUGUAUUCGGCCUUAUCUGACAGAUGCCCCUCCCACGCUAGAAACUACAGCUAUUCCGUUCCUACCAGGUCCCGGUGCUUGUAUAAUGCCCGAGCCCCCAUCCGUUUCCCAGCCAUCCUUCUCAGCACCAAUGGGAGCCCGUGCAUGGGUAGGGGGCACGCCUUUCAUGAACCCUUCCGCUCCCUUAACAGAACCUCCAUCAGCAAGCAACGGGCCUCAGAGACACGCGACCACCACUAUAGCUAACAGUCGAAGCAGUGGUGGCGCUGUGUGUGGUGGAAGUCAAAAGGUCUCCUACUCAUCGUCCUCCGCUGCCUCUCUGGUCACCACAUCGAAUUCGGGGGCAUCUUCGUGGGUAGGACAAGUAGGGGGAGUUGGACAGACUCCCACUAGACAUCGGCCCCCUCCACCACCACCUGCUUCGGUUUAUGCACCUCCUGGACAUCCUGAGUAUCAACCCUCGGAGGAGCAUAAUCCCCUACUGAACCCCGCUAAUAGGCAAGUGGUUGUAUUUACUGACAAGGUGAUAGAUAUAUGA